UUAAUCGUGGACCAUGGGACAUGUAUAUACACACUAAAUUUUGCUUACCAUUUAGUAGUUAAUUUCUCUUCAUUUCCAUCUGUUUGAUCUUGGGAUCCUAUAGAAUCAAGAUGAGCACAAGUUCUGCAAACACCAAGAGGCUAGAGGGCAAAGUGGCUGUUAUAACCGGUGGAGCGAGCGGCAUUGGCGAGUGUUGUGCGAGACAAUUUGUGAAACAAGGAGUCAAAGUAGUGAUCGCGGAUAUCCAAGAUGAACUUGGCCAAUCUCUUUGCAAACAAAUCGGUUCAGAUGACACAAUCUCCUACAUUCACUGCGAUGUCACGUCUGAUUCGGACGUUCAAAACGCUGUCGAUAUGGCUGUCACCAAGUACGGAAAGCUAGACAUCAUGUUUAGCAAUGCUGGCAUCGGAGGGAACACUGGCCCUGGUAUUCUAGAUAUAGAUAACGAAGAUUUCAAAAGGGUUCUUGAUAUCAAUAUGUUCGGCGCUUUUUUGGCAGCCAAACACGCCGCGAAAGUCAUGAUUCCCGCGAAGAAAGGCUGUAUUCUGUUUACUGCAAGUGUCGCUGGAGUUACAUGUAUGCAGGUUCCUCAUCCAUAUGCUGUCUCGAAACAUGCAGUGAUUGGUUUCACAAAAAACUUGUGUGUAGAAUUAGGGAGAUAUGGGAUAAGGGUGAAUUGUAUCUCGCCGUAUGCAGUUGUAACUCCAUUAGUAACGAAACCGAUGGGAUUAAUGGAGGUCGAAAAGGAGUCUAAGGAGAAGAUCGAGAAAUUGUUGUCGGAGUCAUCAAAUUUGAGAGACGCGGUGUUAGAACCAAAUGAUAUAGCCGAGGCGGCUAUAUAUUUGGUAAGUGAUGAGUCUAAGUAUGUGAAUGGAUUGAAUCUGGUGGUUGAUGGUGGUUUUAGUGUAACCAAUCCUUCAUUUGGGAUAGCUAUGCAAAACUUGUAUGCUUCUUGAGCUGUGGAGUAUUACUUGAGAAAUUGUGCUCUCAGUUGAGAUUUGAUGCUUCU